UGACGAUUGGCUUUGGUGAUUGACAGAAACACGCACGUACCAGGGUUUUGGUUGCUCUCUAGAAUCAUUGUAGUAUUCCCUUUCAUUCGUCUUUCAAAGAGUCUUCCGCCGAAAGAACAAUGUCGAGUUUACGGAAUGCGGUCAAGCGGGUCACGCAUAAGGAGCGGGCGCAACCGCAAAGUCGUGCCCAUUUAGGUAUCCUCGAAAAGAAAAAGGACUACCGCGGCCGCGCCCAGGAUUACCACCGUAAGGAAGCCCGAAUCAAGGCGAUUCAAGAAAAGGUAGCGAUGCGUAAUCCCGACGAGUUUUACUUCGGGAUGAAGAAUGCCCAAGUGCUGGAUGGCAAACAUCGCAAGACGUUGGAAGCCAAGCAAAAGGAAUUCGAAGCAGAUGUUGGCUUGGACACAGUCCGGAUCAUGAAAACUCAAGAUCUCGGUUAUGUUCGGAUGCAAAAGCAAAGAGACGCCAAGAAAGUUGAGCGUUUGCAGUCCUCUCUCCAUUUCCUGGCGGACAACUCGGAAUCCAAGAAACGGAAGCACACAAUUUUCGUCGAAUCUCGGCAGGUUGCCGAGAACUUCAAUGUUGCCGAGCAUUUCGAUACGCUUCCAGAGCUCGCAGGUCGUACUUUUAAUCGUCCGAGAAAGCAAACGGUACAAGAAAUUGCGUUACGUGCUUCCGGCUCUGGUAGUGAAGUCGGCGAAGCAAGAAUAAGGGGAGCUGGAUACAAGGAGAUGGAAGAGCGGAAGGAACGGGUACAGAAGCUGGAACGGGCCGAAGCUCAUUUAGUGACGGAAAAACUGGUGCAGGGCAAAGGCCGGAAGCGCAAAAUUAAAGCGGCUGAAAAUGGUCAACCUGCCCAGUACAAAUGGCGUAGAAAGCGGCAAGGAUAA